AGGUAGUAAUUAUGACGUAGACUGAGAAAUAAAUCUGAUACCUAUUUGUUAUUCUGUCUGUCGUCGUAAAACCAGUUUAAAAAAGAAACAGUUUUGUGAUUUGUGAUCAUUGAUGGGACUUUGAUUUUUUUCCUUUCGCUAAUAAAGUUUAAUUUUAUUAAACCAUUACACUUUACAUUAUGGGUGGACACGGGCACGGGCCGCCUUACACCAUCCCGAAGUACACAGACUUCCAAAUCAAAGGAAUUCCACAACUGGAGGAGCUGGAGAAGGCCCUGGCGCAGAAAGGCCUGAAAGAUCCAUGGAUCAGGAAUGAAGCAUGGAGGUAUCACCCUGGCUUUGGAACCAAAUGGCUGCGUGCAAGGAAACUCUUCUUCCGAGGCUUCGGCUUGGGGCUGGUGCUGACGGUGGCCACGGUGGCGGCGGAGCGCGCGGCGGGCGGCGGCGGCGACCACGCGCACCACUAGCGCUCACUCACCUACAUCCUAGUGCAAUCAAACCCAUUCAUAGUUCUCUUGGUUAAUGUAAUAUGCUCUUUGUUCUCAAUAUAAUGAUAAAAUUAUUAUACCUUG